AUGUUCAAAGUGGGAGUAUUGUUUCUGACACUCUUUAUUGGGAGCUAUGCCUUCCCAGCUAAACGACGAGAUUUUUCCUUAUCAUUUGACCACACGGGCUCUUCGUCCCGUAUCGUGGGAGGAACGGUCACGGGCAAUGUUCCUCACAUGGUGGCCCUCAGUGUUGGCGUGGUAGUCAGAAAUUUCUUUUGCGGAGGAUCUCUCGUCACCAAUAGACACGUACUGACCGCAGCUCAUUGUCUUGUACCCGUGGUGAGCGAAGACGGUAGUGUGAACUUUUCUCUGAGAGGUACCGUCGGCACCAACAUUUUGGAUUCGGGAGGAAUUCAAAUAGUGUUCGCUCGAGGCAUUAUUCACGAGGAUUACAAACCUGAACCUAUCGUAAAGAACGACAUUGGCAUCUUAGUUUCCACUGCCACCAUCCAUCUGAGCGAUACUAUCCAAUUGGUUAGCUUAAACUAUAACUGGGUCAACGGUGGCGUCCCAACUACAGUCCACGGCUGGGGAAGGACUUCUGAAGGAGGACCUGUUUCUCAAGUUCUGUUGCAACUCAACGCUGAAGUCCUCGACGGAGACUUUUGUGUGGAGGAGGUUGCUCGCAGAGCCGUUGAGCUGAACUGGGCUACUGUUAUUCCUCCUGUAGACCCAAAACUCGAGAUCUGUACUUUCCAUUCUGCUGAACGAGGAAUUUGCCAGGGUGACUCUGGCGGCGCUCUGCUACGUUCCGAUAGCAAUGAGCAGAUCGGAAUAGCAUCUUGGGUGCUACCCUGCGCACGUAACGCCCCCGACGUGUUCGUGCGUAUCAGCUACUUCAAGAACUGGCUAGAAAAGAACCUAAUU